GCCGAGCGUGCCAUUAGUAGACGAACCGUCAAUCCGAAAACAAGUGCCAUUCUCCGCAAAAAUACGCGCGCGAUUUUAUUUUGCAGUCCGGGUCGACACCCCUCACACCAUCGUUUCUGGUUUUAUGAGUUUUCUUUAUUUUGAGUGAAAAUUUUGGUUUUAUUUUUUGUUUUUUUGAGUGAUUUGAGGAUUAAUGUUUGAUUUCAUGGACUUUUUGGGAAAAAAUAAAGUGUCUUGUUAAGUGAUUUUAAGUUUUACGAACAUUACGAACGAUAUCAACGAACUUUUAGUGUUUUUAAGUGCUGAAGAUCUAACAGUGAUUAACCUUCAAGAUUUGUCCAUAUUUGAGUUUAAGUGCAGUUUUAACAACCGGAGCAGCAUUCGUCCAACUAACGAGGAUUAACACAGCUUGAAAGGCGCAGCAGCAGCAGUCUCUAAUCAAGGAUAUUUGCUACUUAAUCAACGGAAGAUCAAAUCUUCAAGCAGUUUUAGAGAUUUGUCCAAGAAUCCUUAAACGUUAUUUGCUCUCGAGGCAAGAGCACUUUUACGUUUUGUUUACGACACACAAACUGUUAAAUUAAAUUACCCGUUGAGACCUCCCUACACAAAUAUGACCGUCCAGACGAAAACCGUUGGCGCGGCCCGGUCCACCUCCUCGAUCUCGUCGGUGAGCCGCCGGAAGAGCACCACCGUCGUCCGGAAGAAGUACAAAGUCCAGUCCUCGUCGACCCAGUCCACCAAGUCGUACCGCGUGAUGGGCGGCUUCGAGCAGCGGCCGUGGACCCCGACCAAGCGGCGCGGACCGAUCGCGGCGGAACACCGCGGACCCGGACCGCAGUACCUGCUGCCCCAGCUACUGGGAACGCGCGUCGUCGACUCGAAGCGGGCGGCCGCACCUGCGUACAGCUUUGGCCAACGGCACCGGCCCCGGACGGAAUCGUUCUCGCCCGGACCGCUGUACAACAUCACCGGGCUGGGCUGCAAGGGCAAGGACACCCCGCCGGCCUACUGCCUCCAGAGCCGGCCCAAGGAGAUCCCGAAGUACCUGACGCCGGCCCCGGGCGAGUACAACGUGGAGAAGGCGGACAAAAUGCUGGUCAAAUCCGCCCCGCGGUACACAUUCGGCGUCAAGAAGCCGCCCAAGUCGACCAGCGAAACUCCAGCUCCCUGUGAUUAUAAGCCAGAAAAAGUAGUUUUAGAUAGCACACCUAAGUUUUCCUUCGGAAUCAGGCCGGAGGUGAAGAUUCGCAGCGAAACGCCAGCCCCCGGCACCUACUCUCCCGAGAAAGUAUUAAAAGACAAAUCACCAAAGUACAGCUUUGGACUCAAAGUGAUACCGGAAAAGCACGAGGAAACGCCAGCGCCCGGAGCGUACCAGCCGGAAAAGUCGAGCCUUCUGCUGGAUCGGAAGCCGGCCUUCACCUUUGGGCUGAAAACAAUCGUCGAGAAGCCGAACACCACGCCGGCACCGGGAGCGUACGAGCCGGAAAAGUCCAAGCUGGACAACACCCCGUCGUACAGCUUCGGCAUCAGGCCCAACCUCGACAAGCCAAACACGAAUCCUGCACCCUGUCAGUACGAGCCGGAGAAGUCCAGGCGGCUCGAUCACUCACCCGCCUUUCCAUUUGGCAUGCGAAUCAAUCACGACAAACCGAGCAAUACUCCCGCUCCGUCGGCUUACGCAGUAGAGAAAGUAAACCUAGCGAACCAACCCGCGUACAGUUUUGGCCAGCGAACGGCUGCCCAGAAGCCAAACACCAAUCCGGCUCCGGGAGCAUACUCCCCGGAGAAGGCACUGGCGGACAGUGGAGCGCCCAAGUAUAGCUUCGGAAUACGACCGACAAUCGACCGGGUGGACACGAUUCCCGCCCCCGGUGCUUAUUCUCCCGAAAAAGCCAAAGUAGAUAGUAACAGUCCGGCGUACAGCUUCGGAGGCAAACAUAACCUCGAAAAGCCAAACAAUGUGCCCGGUCCAGGGGCGUACAACGCGGACGUGGUAGAUAAGGGUAACGGGUUCAGCUUCGGACUGAGGCCUGAUUUGGCCAAGCCGAAUGCUGUACCGGGACCUGGAGCGUACGACUCCGACAAAGCUAAAACUGACAGCUGUCCGGCGUACAGCUUUGGUGGUAAACAUCACCACGACAAGCCCAAUAACGUGCCUGGACCGGGAGCCUACAAUGCGGAUGUAGUAGAUAAAGGUACCUCGUACAGUUUCGGUGGUAAACAUAACCACGACAAGCCGAACAAUGUUCCGGGACCAGGUGCAUACAAUGCGGAUGUAACAGACAAGGGCACUGCGUACAGCUUUGGGGGAAAGCACAAUCACGAUAAGCCGAACAACGUGCCUGGACCAGGCGCUUACAACGCUGAUGUUGUAGACAAAGGCACCGCUUACAGUUUUGGUUGUAAACAUAACUUGGCCAAGCCGUACAACGUUCCUGGUCCUGGUGCGUAUAACGCAGAUGCAAUGGACAAGGGUAACGCGUAUAGCUUUGGAGGCAAACACAACCACGACAAGCCGAACAAUGUACCGGGACCAGGUGCAUACAACGCUGAACUAAUGGACAAAGGAACCGCUUAUAGUUUCGGAGAAAAACAUAACCUUGCAAAACCGAACAACGUUCCUGGACCAGGUGCGUACAACGCUGAGCUAAUGGACAAGGGUAACGCAUAUAGCUUUGGUGGUAAACACAAUCACGACAAGCCGAACAACGUUCCCGGACCUGGUGCGUACAACGCUGAUGUUGUAGACAAAGGAACUGCUUACAGUUUCGGUGAAAAACAUAACCUUGCCAAGCCGAACAACGUUCCUGGACCAGGAGCGUAUAACGCUGAAUUAAUGGACAAGGGCAACUCUUACAGCUUUGGGGGUAAACACAAUCACGACAAGCCGAACAACGUUCCUGGACCUGGUGCGUACAACGCUGAACUAAUGGACAAAGGAACCGCUUACAGUUUCGGUGAGAAACAUAACCUGGCCAAGCCGAACAACGUCCCAGCGCCCGGAACAUACUCUCCCGAAAAAGCCAAUGUAGACAGUAGUCCGGCGUACAGUUUCGGUGGCAAACAUAACCUCGACAAGCCCAACACCAUUCCAGGACCGGGAGCGUACAACGCGGAUGUAGUGGACAAGGGAACCGCGUUCAGCUUUGGAGUCAAGCCGAAUCUCGAGAAGCCCAACACAAUCCCGGGUCCUGGGGCGUACGAUACCGACAAGGUCGUUGACAAAAACUCCCCUGCGUACAGCUUCGGCGUCAAGACCAACACGGCAAAGGUCAACAACACCCCAGCCCCAGGCGCAUACUCCCCCGAAAAGUGCAAGCUCGACCACACCCCCGAGUACAGCUUCGGAAUCAAAACCAACGUCGAAAAGAAAGAAACCAUCCCCGGACCGGGAGCGUACAACAACGAAGCGGUCAAGCUGGACAACACGCCAGCGUACACCUUUGGCGUGCGACCCGUAAUCGACAAGAUCGAACCGACCCCCGCCCCCGGAAGCUACUCGCCGGAGAAGCAAAAGCUCCACAACCCCGCGUUCACGUUCGGCGUGCGGCCAAACAUCGACAAGAUUGAACUGACGCCCGCACCGGGUGCGUACAACACGGAAUCGGUCAAGAUGGACCAUCCGCCGGCGUACACGUUUGGCGUGCGGCCGGUCAUCGACAAGGUGGACAUUACGCCGGCGCCCGGUGCGUACGAGGUGGAGAAGUGCAUGCUCGACCACGGACCGGCGUACCAGUUUGGGAUCAAGGUGCACCGCGAGAAGGUGAACGAUGGGCCAGCCCCUUGUGCCUAUGACCCAGACAAAUCAAAGCUAGACCACGCUCCUGCCUACACCUUUGGAAUCAAGCACAAAGGCGAAAAGCUGAAAGAUACCCCAGCUCCCUCAGCCUACCAACCAGAGAAGUUCAAGGUCGACGUUUCGCCGGCGUUCACGUUCGGUGUGAAGGUAACUUCCGAAAGGCUCAGUGACAUCCCAGAGCCGUCCUCAAUGGCCAUCGUGAACGGGGCAGGUGAUACCAACCAUCAAUCCGCAACCAGCAGCAGCAGCACCACGACGACCGCCGUGGCGACGGUCAACGGAGCCGGGUACAGCGCGGUAACCCAACAACGACAACAGAGUAGUUCUGCCGCCCAGCAACAGCAGCAGUCCCAGACGCAGGUUCAGGUCCAGAGUGACGGAUCUGGAGGUACGGUGACCAAGACUACCACGACCACAACCAGCAGCGGCUCGGUCAAGAUGACCCGGGAGCGGAAGUCGGUGCGGGAGGAGCACGUGACCGGUGUGGUGGUGUCGUCGUCCGACGGGUCGACGAAUGCCGUCACGAACGAGAACCUCGUGCCGAACUGCAUCGCCGGCGUCAAGUCGCUGCAGAACGUGGAACACCAGCACCGCAUGGUUUGCACGGGACAUUUCCGCGCUUAAAGUGUCUUGAGUUUCGGCAUCUCACGUUUUAUGAUUUUUUGUUUUAUUUUUGUUUUUUUUGAGAAAAAGUUUGUUAAAUGUUUGAUAGCUUGCUAGAUGUAGCUUUGAAUUGCUUUUUACUUUGAACUGUUCUUAAAGUUCCACCACAUUUUUUAUAAAGUAGUAACUGGUUAGUUUGUGUAGUUUGCAUGUCCCGAAAGCAGCGAAACUUGUAAGUAAUCUUAAGCUCCGAACGAGUACCACAUCCCGGACGUGCUCGGAACAAGCAAGGAGGGCCCCAUCCGAUCCGCCCCCGCCUACACAAUCACCGGCCG